AUGCUAUAUAAGAUUGCAAAUUGAUUGCAACACCAUUCAGUUGUUGAAAAUACACUAGUAACGAAAGUAGCAUUUGAGGCAAGCAGCAAAGAUUAUAUUAUAUAAUGGUAGAAUUUUGGGGCAUCUUCGUUGUAUUUUCUGCCUGCAUAGCAUUCCAGCUCACAGAAUCGCGCAUUCAGCAUGCAGCAGCUUACCGUCCAUCUUCUCUGAGUGCAUCUGACGAACUAACAGACUUAUCGAAUAGUAUUAGUGACUCUUCGAAGGACGAUGGUGAUGCAUCGACAUUUGUGUUUAGAAAUGCAUUUGAUGUUACGGAUACGGAUACUUCUUCGGAUUCAACACAGGAAACGCAAACGAAUUCACCACAACUUGUGGCACAUUCAACAGUUACAGAAUCAGCUGAAGAGAGCACCACACUUAGCUCAACUGCGCCGAAGACGCGUUUAAGCUUAAGUGAAAGGCGUCAAGAACUCUACGACUUCGUCAUCAAUGCCACUUCUGUGUAUGAGAAAAAUUAUGUGGGUAAAACACGCAACGUCCUUAGGAAAGUUCUUGUUGAACUGGAUGCAACAACCGAAAAGAGUGACGCUCUGAAAGAGGUGAUAUUUGAAAUUAAGACUACACUGAAAGAACUCGAAGCUUUUGAUAUAGAAUCAAAUGACUUGGAGGAAGCCUCAUCCAUUGUCUAUGAUUUGAAUGAAGCAUUUGAUGUGCCGGUGAAUCAGCCGCCAGAACUGGAAGCCGCACUCGAAAAAGUUAGUUGGCUGGAUAUGCGCUAUGAGUUGGACGAUGAAACCGUUGAAAUUGUCGAACAAUUUCGCGAAAAAUUCAAUAAUUUUGUCGCAACGCUAAGGCCGUGGGAGCGCUUGAGGGAAGCCGGCUUAGUAGAUCUGAAUAGACGGUUCAACGAGAGCACAGCAGAUGAUGCAUGGAAUUUGUUCGAUGAGUUUUAUACGUAUUUCUAUUAAUAGAAAACUGCAAUCAUUUUCAGCAAUUAAGCUGCUUACAUAGAUAGAUCUCUAAAAUGACUUCACUCUAAAAUAAUUAAUUCAAUUUUUUAUAAAUAUCUUUUCAAUAAACAUAUUUGAACUUUAGCAUUACAACAAA